AUGUUCGAACAUGAGCCCUUCGAAACUUUCCAGUUCAAGGUAGUCGACCUAUGUCAGAAGGAGUGGCCGAAUCUCUCGAAAGACUCCUUCACCAUCACGCGUAUGGAUGGUGGCUCUUACAACCGCGUGAUCAACAUCCAGGUCGACGGGUCUCGAUAUCAAGCUAGCUGGGUUGAGCGGCAGAUACGCUGGUUUCUUCGAACGUUUUGUCCCGGUAUGUUACGCAAGACGGAGCUCAGAGACUAUGUGCUGCGUAUACCGCGUAUGGAGCAUGCGUGGGUUGAACACGAAGUCUCUAUCCUCAAGUUUCUUGCUGCGACGAGCAUUCCAGUACCCAGGAUCAAGACUUUCAGCUUCUCAACUGAGAACCCAAUUGGUAGCCGAUAUACGAUCCAGCCACGUGUUCCGGGGAAGUCAGUAAUCGACGUCUAUUCUGAGCUCAACACGCAGCAGCGCAUCUCCUUCGCGCGAGAUCUAGGCUCUGCACUGAAGGAGAUGAGCAAGAUCCAGUCGCCAUCUCCUGGCACACUGAAUCCAGAAAGCAUUCUCGCUGGAUCAUCAGAAACGCAGCUACUGCGAUUACAAUGCCCACCACGAAACGCGUUUCGCCAAACCAAUGAGGUCUUCGUGGCAGCUACCCCUCAAACUGUUCGAGAAUUCCUCAUGUCACAAUUCGCUCGUCAACGCGCAUUCGACCUAACCCUCAAUCGUAAAUUCCUGAACCCUUGGAAACCGUUCACAGCCAUCAUUCAGCAUCUACACACGCUUGGCUUUCUUAACGACAACAUCUACGCACUCACACACAUGGAUCUCGAGCCACGCAACAUGCUCAUCCACAUCACCUCUCCCACCACCGCUACCCUCUCCGCAAUCUUAGACUGGGAUGAAACCGUCUUCGCCCCCACCUUCAUGAAUUGCCGAUCCCCAUACUGGCUGUGGAAUUUCGAAGAGAGCGAUGACGAACCGGAAGAGGCUGAUGCCAACGAUAUACCGGAAGACGUCGAUCUUGCGGCCGUAAAGAAGUCCUUUGAGGAUGCUGCUGGUGAGAACUAUUGUAAGUUGGCCUAUACGCCUGAGUACAGGAUUGCGAGGGAUAUUACAAGAUUGGCUAUCAUGGGUAUUUGGUCUAAUAUGGACUAUGAUGAGGCGAAGGAGAUUCUGAAAGAGUGGAACGCGGCCUAUCCACAACUGGAGGUAUGUGGGAUUUUUGAUGAUGGGGAAGAGGAUUAG